AGGGGAGGGGCAGAGAGAGAGAGAGAGAAGAUCCCAAGCAGGAUCUAUACUGCUGGCGCAUAGCCUGACACGGGACUUGAACUCACGAACUGUGAAGAUCAUGACCUGAGCUGAAACCAAGAGUCGGUGGCUUAACCAACUGAGCCACCCAGGUGCCCUGUUAAAAUUCUUUAUUUUUGAACAAAGGCCCAUGUUUUCAGUUUGUACUGUACCCAGAGAUUAUGUAGCUGGUCCUGCUUAGAGGACUUUUAUACUGGGCUAGGAACUUCUGAAUCUGAUACCGUAGGUACUGUUGUAGAUACGGAAACUGAGGCUUAGGGGAAUUUAAAAUAAUUUGGCUCAGGUUGCUGAGCUAGCUGGUGGGAACAAGAUUUGAACUUGUGUCGUUUUGAUUCCAUAUCUGAUAGCUGUCACAUAGUUUUCAACUACUCUGUGCCCCUAACUCUCGCCCCACUGUGCUUAAUUUCUUUCGGUUUGGAACUCCCUUUCUCCUUUUCUCCUGAGGAUCUCUACCUUCUUUUGGUACCAUAGGCUGUUUCUCUCUCUCAUCCUAGAUCUCUGGGCUAGUGUGUUUACUAGAAGGCCAUUUGGGAAACUUUAAUAAGUUGAUAAUAAUUUUUGUGUCAAGGGAACAGCCCAUGAGUAGUUUCCAUCUUCAUCUUCUCUCAGAUUUAUAGAGAAAAGACUUCCUGUGGUCGUUCCCUCAUUCAGCCUUAACAUAUACUCCUAUCGCAGUAACUGGUUUUCUUCAUGCUCCCCAGUUUUGGAUUCCUUCCAUCAUCCUUUGGGGUCUGAGGUCCUGCUUUAUUCCCAGAGUCUUCCUGGCAGUUGGACAGCUUUCUGGAAUCUGAGCUUCUGUGUUCAGGUGGGUCUCCCUGCUCUCAGACCUCCUUGGUGCCCACAACUGGCCUGACGCACUGUAGGCCCCGGGAGUGCAUCUGUAGACAGGAAAUUUACUGUUCCUUUUUUCGGAGUUUAUGUUGUAGUCCUCCCUGUGGCUAUGUCCCACCUACAUAGGAUGGCUAUUAGGCAGAAAAAAAAGAUCAAUAAGCCAGGAUUGUUGUUGGGGGAAAUAACAGAAGAAGAAAGAAAGGCUGAAGAAAUGACAUUACUUGACCCAGGGAAGAGAGACUGGAAAGGAAUACGUGGGAAAUGCACUGUUGAAGGUGUGGAGGAUGACCAUAUUCUGUCUCAUCAAGAAAGCAACAAAGGGGUCGACUUUUCAAUUCUGUAGAGUAAUUCAGGUUAGGAAUUUAGACUGUUGUGAUAAUGUUUGCAUUGUGACAUAUUGAAAAUUGUUACCAGAGAAGUCAGUACAAUCCUUUUCCUUGGUUUUCUUCCAGAAAGAGGGCCGGGGUCUCUCUGCCUCGGUCUUUUAAGGUCAUCCUUGCCCUGAAGGUCAUAUUUUGUUGUUAAAAUAUCCUUCCCAGACACUAUGGGAUUAGAGUUUCAGAGGAGGGCAUCUUCUUCCUGUCCUUUAGGGUGCUUAUGGCCAUUCAGUUCUCCCUGGAACCUGCUUCCUGUUCUCAAGAGCGUCUCUGGUCAGCUGCACAGAGGCAAAAACAGCUCUGAAGCAGGCUGGGGCUGGGGUCAGCUGGCUGUGCAGAAUGAACCUUGCAGUUUUGUCCCUACUUAACCAGGCCUUGGCUUUGGGUGGCCUAUGACACUUUCCAGAGAUGUGGCUGCUGUCUGUUUGUCCUGAGCUGUUGGGACUACUGACUACAUUCAGGGAUAUGAGUUGCUCUCCACUCUGUACUCAGAAGAGCUUUGCUUAGAGGGAGGUCAUUUAAUAAUCUAGAAUCUCCUUCUCCCCUUUCCCUCACUCCUUUCUCCUAUGGUUAUCUUUGUGUUUGCACUCCUCAUGGGACCAAGCUGUAUAGGUAGUGUUCUGGGGUUCAGUAUUAACGGAUAAGGGGGUUUGCAUUAUGAUGACCACGUGUGCCUCCCAUUUGAAUGCACAUAUUAUAAUCCCUCUUUGACUGUAAGCCAAGCAAUGCCUGGGCAGAUAAUAUCAUUUACUUUUUAUUAAACUCAGAGAUGUCAGAUUAAGGCAUGUAAAAUGUCCUCUACUAAAAUAUCAGAUAGGCACAAGCAUGGUUAUUAUUUAAGCAAAUGGUCCUGCUUUGGCUGGAGUGCUGGAGAGUACAAGUACCUCGGGUUAAUUCUGGACUCUUACACUCCAUCUGUCCAGUCUCUCCUCCCAAGGGGGGAGGUAAAGGGGCUUCUCUGUUCAAUGAUACACCUGUCUCCUGAGUGCUGUGGGGGAGUUUGAAUGUGUCACUACUUAAGUUUUGAGAAUUUAAUUAAAGCUUCAGCCCCAAGAGAAGAUACUUGUUUUAAUAUAUGUCACUGUCAACAACUAUUAGAGAUUCCCAUGUGCCUACCUAUCUCUGGUUAAUUCCCCUCUCUUGAUGUUAUAAUUAACACUGAUCAGAACUGAUGGUAGAUAUCUAAACAAUUGAUGCUGACUUUAUAAAGUCUAGGUACCUUUAUUUAUAUCUAGAUAUGAAUUCAUGAAACUCAAAUGUCAGUUGAGUUUUCACAUUUUCCAUGUCUCUACCAAAAGCAUUUCAAGUGCCUUAAGUGUUCACUGGCUGCAAGCUCCUGGGUUUCUUACAGGGCCUGUGUACAAAAACUUGCUCGUGAGGUCUCAGUUAUUUGUGGGUAGCUCAAACUGAAAUCAAGCUCUGAGCCUACCAAGGAUUUUAUUUUGAAUUAUAUUGACAUCUUCAUGAAACUGAUAGUGAUGUGCCUGUAAAUUUUUAUGCUAACCUAUAAAAUUUAAAGUGACAUGAUCAAUAGUCAUCUUUCAAAAAAAUGAGAAUGUUAAUUUUAACGCCAAGAGUCUUGAGAGAGAGAUCAAUAAAUCAUCAAGGAAACAUCAUUUCAAAGAGGCAGUGGGGCCAAAUGGUGGCUCAUCUCUGUCCUGUGGAACAUAGCAAUAUUAAAUAUGGGUGAUACUUAGUUUGUUUUGGGAUUCAGACGUUUAAAAAUGUGUAGCAAUUACUGCCCACUGAUGCACAUCAGGUAUUUAAUGAAGGAGAAAUCCAAACUGGUUUAUUUGACAAGCAUGUGUGAUCUAUAGGACAUGUUCCAUAUCAUUAGAAUACGUAGUUCUCUGUCUCCAGUGAUGAAUAAACAGCCAUGGUAAGCCUGCUGCCUAAAUAGAAUCCUUGUUUCUGCCAUUCUUAGCAUAGUUUAACAGUCAUUGGAUAGAAACCUAUGUUCCUCCAGAUCUUCCUCGGCUCUCAGAUGACAUUUUUGUAGUGCACUGGGUUUACAGUUCUUGGUUAUACUCUAUUGUCUAGCAGUUAUUUCUUGCUGGCAGUAAUGUUAAGGGUGUAUACAUGAUAUGGAAGAACGCUGUGUUUGGAUUAGAAAGUCCAGUUUCAGGUAUUCCCUCCCACCCUGCUGUUACUUUUGUGAUCUUGGGCAAGUCAUGAAGAGUCUCUGAGGCUCAGCUUCCACAUCUGUAAGGCAAGAUGAUCCUGGUGCCUCUCCCACUUCAUAUAGUUGUCAGGUUCACUGAGGCAUCUGUUCCUUAAAGGGCUUUGUAAGGGAUAGAAUGGAAAGCACCACACAGGAGUGGCAAGGUUAUCAUGAUUACCGCCACUGAGCGUUUAAGGACAUUACAUACCCCUUUGUGGAGCACCUUAACUUUUUCUUUGAAGAUGAACUCAUGGUAACAUUCCGUUUUGUUCCAUGGCACUUGGUGCAAAAGCUCUAGCAGUUUUCUGGGAUAGUCCUGACGGGAGUUUCUGAGCUUCGUAUAAUAGUGAUCUCCUUAAAUGCAUUGGUGAUGAAUAGGUCAUGGGUGUGUGCUGUGCUGGUUUGAGUGGAUAUAGGAGCCGUACUCUUUUUAAUCCAUGUAACUUCAAAUCUGCAACGACUGCAGCAGCUUUCCUUAGUUGAGUCCAUUGUAAAUAUAAACCAAGAGCAGAUUUCCAGUGCUAUCCCAUAGAUUAAUAGACCCUCAGGGGCAAAGGUCUCUACCCUUCAGUUAGCUGCUCUUCUUUGAUGUCUGUGAUUUGCAUAGACCCACUAAUUGGAUGGCGCUGCCCCUACUUGAGAGCCAGGUAUUGCCUAAGAGAGCUAGUAAGUACAGAUGGUCUGGAGUGGUCAGGGGAUUUUGUUGAAGGACUGGUGCCCAGUGUUCCCAGAAUGACCUGAACCAGCUUGGGGUGAAGAGGGGAGGCUCGGGCAGAAUAAUGCCGCAGUGGAGGAUCCCCCUGACUUACUGAAGCAAAUGUGCUCGCUCAUCCUGGUAGCAUGGAUCUCCCUGGAGCAUCCAUUUGGGGGUAUCCUGAAAUCUAGCUCUUUGAAUUUGUAUGCAUGUGUAGGAUUCUUGUUGGGGUUUCAUCUGUUUGUGUAGUUAUAUGGGUGAUUUUGCUACAUUAUAUUGAGGAUUUGGGGCUCCCUGUGUAGUUGAGCGCACAGUGAGAUUUCAUAAAAGGAAUUAAGCUCUAAUAGUUCCAUGUGCUGCUGUACAAGGCUUUCAGAUGAAAAAAUAGAUCGCAGGAUCUCUGUACUGCCUUAUGUGGUGAAGAGCAUUGGUCCUGAAUACAGGCUGUGGGGGAUUCAGAUCUCAGGUCUAUGACUCAUUUGCUGGGCCAGCUCAGGGAAGUGACUUGACUUCUCUCUGCCUCAGUUUCCACAUCUGAAACUAGAGAAAGGAUUAUACUUAAUUCACUUGUACAGGCAUUGUAAGGAUGAAAUAAGGCAUGUGCAAUGCUAGGAGCAGUGUCUGAAAUGUAGUCAGUGCUCCAUAAAUGUCAGUAAUUCUCAAAGACAUUUCUUCAUUGUUUCAAUACACCAGUGGGAAGGGGUUAUUUCUUCCCUAGUUGAGUAUUACUAAACUGGCUGUACUCUAAAAAAUGUUUUGUUUCCUGAACAAAAGAAGUAAGUGCUAGUUCUAAAAUAUUAAAAUAUAGUUAAACUUCAGAAGAAAAUAAAAAUACCUAGAGAUAUCAUUGUUAAUCUUUUUCAUAUAUUUUUCUAGUCCUCCAUUCUGUGUUUAUAUACACGUUUUACAUAAUAAAAAUCGUAUAUUUAGUUUGUAUCUUUUUUCUUUUUUAAAAAUUCUGUUUAUCUUGAGAGAGAGAGAGUGUGUGUGAGUGUGAGCAGGGGAGGGGCAGAGGGGGAGAGAGAGAGAGAGAGAGAGAGAGAGAGAGAGAGAGAGAAUUUUAAGCGUGCUCUGCACUGACAGCAUGGAGCCUGACAUAGGGCUGGAACUCCCGAACCAUGAGACCAUGACCUGAGCCAAAAUCAAGAAUUGGAUGCCUAACCGACUGAGCCACCCAGGUGCCCCUCCUUUUUUCAUAUAGUAUGUCAGACAUUCUUCAGGUAAUGCAAUGUCUGGAACACUGUUAAUGGCUAGAUAGAAUUCUAAAAUAUGAAUGUAUAUUUUAGUAAUCGUUCUCUUGCUGAUAGGCAUUUAGAUUGACAGUUAUUUUUAUAACUAAUACUAAUGAAAUAUCCUUGUACAUAGAUUUUUAUAUUUCUCAUAGCUUUAUGAUAGCUUUCUAGCAGUAAUGAUUAUUGACUAAAAUAAAUAUAAACAUUUCUAUGACUCUUGUUGCAUAUUGCCCCCUGACUUUGCAAUAAGUUUGUUAAAAUUUAUACUCUUAAAAAAUUUUUUUUUAACAUUUCCUCAUUUUUUGAGAGACAGAGAGCACAAGCAGGGGAGGGGCAGAGAGAGGGGGAGACACAGAAUCCGAAGCAGGCUCGAGUCUCUGAGCUGUCAGCACAGAGCCCGACAUGGGGCUCGAACCCAUGAAACGCGAGAUCAUGACCUGAGCCGAAGUCAGACGCCCAACCGAUUGAGCCACCCAGGCGCCCCAAAAUAUAUGCUCUUAAUUUACGGUUUAUCAGCAGUGUGUGAAAGUUCCUGUGAAAUCCACCCUUCACUAAGUUACCUAGGUGCUUUGAGAGUAAAGGACAGGUUCUGUGCAAGGAUGUGGCUCGGUACCACCCAGAGGCUCUUUCACUGUGAAGUUACCACUGAGUUCCACUUGCUUUUGUACUACUUUGAAUGCACAUAAAACUUAAAAAACAUAAAAAAUUGCAUGGCUAAUUUGAAAUGAUGGUUUUCCAGAUGAUUUUACUUACUAAGCAUCUCUGUGUUCCUAAACCAGAGGCCCUAACAGCUUCUGACAAUGAGGAACAUUCUCUAAUUGGGAGAGUGAAGAAUUCUGAACUUAGGCCUGAAAUCUUUAGAUGGUUUUCAUCUGGCCUGAAACAUGGAGCCGGUGGACAGGGCCUGACCUAGAGUUAGCUUGGGUUCGAAUUCUGGUUCUAGCACAGCUGUAUGAUCUUGGGCAUCUUGUCCAACUUGAAUCUGUCUCCUUACCUAAAUUUAAAAUAAGAAUACUAAUAGAUCUCCUUGCAGAAUUUUCAUGAAGAUUAGAGAAGGUAAUGUUUAUGGUGUUUGGUAAAUGGUAGCUUUUAUAAUAAUGGCCUCACGAAGUGAUGUGGCUCCCAUGUUUGGUGUCAGUAGGCUUUCUAAUUGGACUUGGGAGUCUUGAGGCAGAGAGAUAUGCCAUGCUUUUGCCCUGAGUUGGUCUCAAUUUGGAAUUAUGUGGCUGGUGAGAUUGAGGUGUGUGUGGAGACAGUAUAGUGUACAACCUCUUUAGCAUGUGACUUAUUUAAAUAAAGUUAUAUCCACCCAGUGAUUGGAGUGGCCAUUCACUUAACUUCUGGAUAUUGCAUACUUACUUGUCCAAGUACGGGGAGUUGGCUCUUGGCCUAUACUAGCUCAUUUACCCUUCAGAAAUACCCUAUGAGGUGGGUGCUACAGGCUCCACAUGAGGAUAUUUUAGUCUCAGAGAGGCCCCCUCAGUUGGGUUGUCAGAUUUAACAAAUAAAAAUAUAGGAAAUUUUGCAUGGGACAUACUUAUACUAAAAAAAUUUUUGUUGUUUAUCCAAAAUUUGAAUUUAACUAGGUGUUCUGUUUUACCUGGCCACCCCACCCGUAACUCCGCAAGGUCAUGAAAGCUGGGACUCAGAUUUUCCUCCAUCUGACUCUGAAGCCCAUGCUGUAGCCUGUUACUCUGUGAUGUUUCUAUAAGAAAUCUGAAGUAGAACUCAGGUGUGAAAGGUGAGGAAAAUGUCAUCAGAUGGGGCUUAAAGUCGUUCACUCAUUGUAAAUUGAGAAGCUGAACUCGGAGACGCUUUUCUUUUUCACUUGAUUGGUGGAAGAGAAUUUCCUAUUAGGUCUAAUGAUUAGAAAUUGGAGACAUCUAAUGAGGUACCUAUUUUGUAUGCCAACUACUGUGCUGGAACUAAUCUGGAAAAUGCUCAGUCUUUUCAAAUGAGAAUUUCAGGUAAGAAGUUAAAAAUUCUAAAGCUGUAUGGUUGUUGGGUGACCCAGUCAAAGGAAGCAUCACCACCCCUUAAAGCCUGUUGACCUCGACUUUAUACAUGACCUUCUGCUGGGAGAACUCUGGGGAGUGACUAGGGGGCAAUGUGUUAGUCAUCCAGUGUCUCUGCCAACCCUAGAAUAGGUGUUUCAAAGGAGUCUUUCAAAUGGGCUGCAUAGAGAAUUAUUUGCUGCUGCUGAAGAAUUGGAUAUUUAAUAAGGUGUAGAUAUUUCUGAACUCUAAAAAAUCCUUGAGUUUUCCUUGGUGGUCAAAUGCAUACUCAUGGGCCAUGCAUGUUUUCUAAAAGCUCCCCCAUCUGCUCUGUGGAGCUGCUGAGUGCUCACCAUCCCAUUCAGGAUAAACCUGAGGCACUGCCCAUCGCUGUGGUGGUGGGCUUCAUGUUUGAGCCUUUCUAGGGAGGAGCCUGGGGAGCUUUGAGGGCUAGAGGGCCAGAAGCAUGAAGAACCUAUUGGGAGAAAACUCCCUAUGGAUGAGGAGGGGGAGCAGUUUGCCCCGUUCCUCUCUCCUGACCCUACCUUGUGUUAGCAUCACAAGAUUGUGGUGGGGAAUCUUUGGAAGGGAAAGGGAAGGGAGAUUUUUCCCAGCCUCCCUUGGGAGCACUUUGGCCUCCAUCUCUUUCCUGGACGCAGUGAGAGAUUGACCGAAAGAUGCCUUUUGCUUUUCAGGUGGCUUUGGUUCUGAUAAGUCACAGGAAUUAGAAACCCAUCACUUUGCACAAAUUUUGUGUUAUGGGAACACUAUUGUCUUUUUGUAUAAGAUUAUCUGGUAGUAUUAAACGUUUGAAUUUAACAGGAGUGGGAAUUUCUGAGAUACCUCAAAUUUGGGGGUACCACUCUACUUUCAAAGUACUGGUUCAUUAAGACUAACCAAUGAACCCCACUGCAUUUCUGUGUUGAUGUAAAGGAUUUCAAGACUAAUAACCAUAGUAUGAUACUAAUCAUCAUAAUAUAAAAUAAUUGAUUCUAAGCACUUUAUGUGUAUUACAUUCCUGCAAUAACAUUUGAAAUGGGAACUAUUAUUAUGCCUAUUGUGCAAAUAAAGAAAUCGAGGAGCAGACCAUUUAAAUAACUUGCCCAUGGUCACACAGAUGGUUGGUGGCAGAGUCAGGAUUUGAACCCAGGCAGAUAGGCUCAUAGACUCUUAACUGCUAUUUUGGGUAGGUGUAUAUGUCUCUCUCUCUCUCUCUCUCUCUGUGUAUAUCAGAUGCAAUCUUGCAAGAAGGAUCUCCUAAUUAUAUGUACUUGCACAUACAUCUUUGACAUUCAGAUUUCUCAGAGUGUUUAAGAGUAAACAGUGGGGUUUGCAAAUUGGGUGAGGGGCAAUUCAGUUGGGAAACAGGUGAAUAGGAAUGGAGUAGAGCUUGAUGCCUCUGAGGAGACGGAUGGGUUAGUGAUCUGGGCUAUGUGGUCCUAAUGGGAGUGGAGUAGAGGGGUUGAUGCUGGCAUGUACAGAAUGGGUGGUAAUGGGAGUCUCAGGGGCACAGCUGAAGCUGGAGAGAAGAAAAUGGCAAGGGGCCCUGAUAGUAGAGAAUUCUGGAGUAAGGGAGUUAAUGGUCAGGAUGGAGAGACCUAGUUAGAGCUUUUAAAUGCAAGACUACAGUAAAUUGCUUUGUGAAAGACCUGCCUGCCUGUUUUGUCUGUCUGUCUACCUAUCUCUGUGAAGAAGUUGAUUAAAACAUACAAAUAAUUCUUAUGUAUAUUUUAGGGAAAAUUAUACUUUAAUAAUAUGCUUGUUCAUUCACUAAAAACUGGCUUUCUCAGACCCAUUCUUGCUACUUCCCUUACCCACAGGCAUGUGAUUUUUACCUGAGAAGUAGCCUUUACUGCCAAGUAUUUUGAAACUGUCACCUCGUUCAAUCUAAGUUGGAAACAUUCCAGUCUUUUCUAUAAUCAUUGCUACGUUUGUGUGUGGAAUAAGGACAAAAAUCAAGGAAAAGCUUCAAUGCGGUCAAUAAUAUGUGCUCACCCUGACUGGCACAAAAGUAGUGUACAGUGUAGAGGACCACAGAUAGCUUAUUUUUUAAUGGCUUGUUUUUGCCUCCAAUGGAGUGAUGUUUGCUUCCGAGAGUGUGCGUGUCUGUGUGUGUGCUUCUGUGUGUUUCUCUGUGUGUGUGCAUGUUCAUUUUCUGCAUUCAGCCUGCGUCACUACCAUGGUAAUCAGUGUUUCUCAAUGGCCUCUGUAGGUGAGGAGGGUUUCUUUGAUGGUUAAAGACCUACACUUCCCAGACAUUAAAUGUGCAUAAUGCCUGGAGGGUUUUAAGCCCUGCACUAAGCAUGCAUGUCUCAUACCCAAAGUAGCCACAGCGCCUGCAUUCCCACAAUAGCGGCAGCCCUGAGCAGAUGCUUCCAGUGUUCUUAGCUGGCUGUGCUUUUCAGUUUGGGACAAAGUUCUAUAAUCAUAUCUCAUGGAUUUAUUUUCUCCACACUGUAAAGCCUGGAUUGUGAAGAUCUCCUCAUGCCAUAAAGGGCAGAAUGAGCCAAGUUCCUGGGGCUGCUGAGGAUUUCUUUGCCUUUUUUUUUUUUCUUUUUCUUUUUGGAGAUGUGUAUCAGAAAAAGGCUUUGCCUUUAGAGAGAAAUUUUACUGCUCUUGCCAAUAAUGUAUAACAAUAUUAAAUUUAAUGGCAGACCUUGAAGUGUAUAAAAACUUGAGUCCAGAAAAAGUUGAAAGAUGCAUGAGUGUGAUGCAGUCCGGGACACAGAUGAUCAAACUGAAACGUGGAACCAAAGGGCUCGUCCGGCUCUUUUACCUGGAUGAACAUCGGACCCGCCUCCGAUGGAGACCCUCAAGGAAGAGUGAGAAGGCAAAAAUACUUAUUGACUCCAUUUACAAAGUCACCGAAGGUCGGCAGUCUGAAAUAUUCCACAGACAAGCUGAGGGGCACUUCGAUCCCAGCUGCUGCUUUACCAUCUACCAUGGCAACCACAUGGAGUCUCUGGAUCUCAUCACCUCCAACCCUGAGGAGGCCCGCACCUGGAUCACAGGCCUCAAGUACCUGAUGGCCGGCAUCAGUGAUGAAGAUUCACUUGCCAAGCGGCAGAGGACCCACGACCAGUGGGUAAAGCAGACCUUUGAGGAAGCUGAUAAGAAUGGUGAUGGCUUAUUGAAUAUUGAAGAGAUACACCAGUUGAUGCAUAAACUAAAUGUCAAUCUGCCCCGAAGAAAAGUCCGACAAAUGUUUCAGGAAGCUGAUACAGAUGAGAAUCAGGGAACUUUGACAUUUGAAGAAUUCUGUGUUUUUUACAAAAUGAUGUCAUUGAGACGGGACCUUUAUUUGUUGCUCUUGAGCUACAGUGACAAGAAAGAUCACCUAACUGUGGAAGAACUGGCUCAGUUUUUGAAGGUGGAACAAAAGAUGAACAAUGUGACAACAGACUAUUGUCUUGACAUCAUAAGGAAAUUUGAAGUUUCAGAAGAAAAUAAGACGAAAAAUGUUCUUGGCAUAGAAGGGUUCACGAACUUCAUGCGUAGUCCUGCUUGUGACAUAUUUAAUCCAUUGCACCAUGAAGUGUACCAGGACAUGGAUCAGCCUCUGUGCAACUACUACAUCGCUUCCUCUCACAACACAUACCUGACGGGGGACCAGCUCCUUUCCCAGUCCAAAGUGGACAUGUAUGCACGGGUGCUACAAGAGGGCUGUCGCUGUGUGGAAGUUGACUGUUGGGAUGGCCCAGAUGGAGAGCCAGUAGUACACCACGGUUAUACUCUCACUUCAAAAAUUCUCUUCAGAGAUGUUGUGGAGACCAUCAACAGGCAUGCCUUUGUGAAGAAUGAGUUCCCGGUCAUACUGUCCAUUGAGAAUCACUGCAGUGUCCAGCAACAGAGGAAGAUUGCUCAGUACCUGAAAGGAAUAUUUGGAGACAAGCUGGACCUGUCAUCUGUAGACACAGGAGAGACCAAACAGCUUCCAAGCCCUCAGAGUUUGAAAGGCAAAAUCCUAGUGAAGGGCAAGAAGUUGCCUUAUCACCUUGGGGAUGAUGCAGAGGAAGGGGAAGUUUCUGACGAAGACAGUGCAGAUGAAAUUGAGGACGAGUGCAAAUUCAAGCUCCAUUAUAAUAAUGGGACCACUGAGCAUCAGGUGGAAUCUUUCAUAAGGAAAAAACUGGAGUCAUUGUUAAAAGAAUCUCAGAUUCGAGACAAAGAAGAUCCUGAUAGUUUCACAGUGAGGGCACUACUGAAGGCCACACACGAAGGCUUAAAUGCACAUCUGAAACAGCAUCCAGACGUGAAGGAAAAUGGAAAGAAAUCACAUGGACGAUCCCUCAUGACCAACUUUGGAAAACAUAAGAAAACCACAAAAUCACGGUCUAAGUCUUAUAGUACUGAUGAUGAGGAAGACACACAGCAGAAUUCUGGCAAGGAAACUGGCCAGCUGUACAGUCCUGGGUGUGUAUUUCGCAGGUUGGGUCGCCGAAGGAAAACCAUGAAGCUCUGCCGAGAGCUCUCUGACUUGGUGGUGUAUACAAACUCCGUGGCAGCCCAAGACAUUGUGGAUGAUGGCACCACAGGGAACGUGUUAUCAUUUAGCGAAACAAGAGCCCAUCAGGUGGUUCAGCAGAAAUCGGAGCAGUUCAUGAUUUACAACCAAAAGCAGCUCACGAGGAUUUACCCCUCUGCCUACCGCAUUGAUUCCAGUAACUUCAACCCUCUGCCGUACUGGAACGCAGGCUGCCAGCUGGUGGCACUGAACUACCAGUCUGAAGGGCGAAUGAUGCAGUUAAAUCGAGCCAAAUUCAAGACAAAUGGCAAUUGUGGCUAUGUGCUCAAACCCCAGCAAAUGUGCAAAGGUACUUUCAACCCUUUCUCUGGUGAUCCACUUCCUGCCAACCCCAAAAAGCAGCUCAUCCUGAAAGUGAUCAGCGGACAGCAACUCCCCAAACCUCCAGACUCCAUGUUUGGAGACCGAGGCGAGAUCAUUGAUCCUUUUGUUGAAGUUGAAAUUAUUGGAUUGCCAGUAGACUGCUGUAAAGAUCAAACUCGCGUAGUAGAUGACAAUGGAUUUAACCCUGUGUGGGAAGAAACCCUGACAUUUACAGUACACAUGCCAGAAAUAGCUUUGGUUCGGUUCCUUGUGUGGGAUCAUGAUCCGAUUGGACGAGACUUUGUUGGACAAAGAACCGUGACCUUCAGCAGCUUAGUGCCGGGCUACCGUCAUGUCUAUUUGGAAGGACUGACAGAAGCAUCCAUAUUUGUCCACAUAACAAUCAAUGAAAUCUAUGGAAAGUGGAGUCCUUUAAUACUCAACCCCAGUUAUACUAUAUUGCACUUUCUAGGAGCUACAAAGAACAGACAGCUCCAAGGUCUGAAGGGAUUGUUCAAUAAGAAUCCCAGACACGGUUCUUCAGAAAACAAUUCCCAUUAUGUUCGGAAACGAUCAAUUGGAGAUAGAAUUCUGCGACGCACCGCCAGUGCUCCAGCCAAAGGCAGAAAAAAGAGCAAAAUGGGCUUCCAAGAAAUGGUAGAGAUAAAGGAUUCUGUGUCUGAGGCUGCGAGAGAUCAGGAUGGUGUCCUGAGGAGGACCACACGGAGUCUGCAAGAGCGCCCUGUCUCUAUGCCUGUUGACAAAAGUCUGCUGGGGGCUUUGUCCCUACCUGUAUCUGAAACAGCAAAGGACACUGAUGGAAAAGAAAGCUCCCUGGCAGAAGAUAAGGAUGGAAGAAAAGGGAAGGCAAGUGUAAAAGACCAACAUUUUCCAAAUUUCAACAGAAAGUUGUCCUCUUCCUCUAGCGCUCUCCUACACAAAGACACCAGCCAAGGCAACUCCACCACGUCUGUUGCCAGCAUGGCAAUCACGGGAGAACCGUGGGGAGUGCCAGGUCCUAAGGGUGGGAGAGCCAAAGCAAACGUGUCAAGUGAUUGCCGGGAACGUGAAUGCCCCAGCCAAUCCCUCUCCCCGCGGCAGCGUUUGGUUCUUGAUCCUGCCGUUACUCCAACACAAGGUCUGUGUGGUGUGAAAACCAGGGAAAGUGGCAAUGUGGGGGGCUCUGUGGAAGAGAAAAGCACGUUGUCAGGAAGCAUUUUCUCUCAAAGCAAUUUGGAGAUUAAGAACUUGGAAGGUCACUGGGGUAAGGGCCGAGCUGCAACAUCAUUUUCGUUGUCAGACGUCUCUACGCUCUGUUCUGACAUACCUGACUCACAUUCCACUGCCGUUCUGCAGGAGAGUGAAAUUUCCCAUCUUAUUGACGAUGUCACUUUAACGAAUGAGAGCGAGCCGGGCAGUUCCAUCUCUGCCCUGAUUGGCCAGUGUGAGGAGGCCAGCGAUGAGGCAAACCUCACAGUCGUUUCUCACGUCCAUGGUGCCAGUGCCGUGUCACGUCAUUCUCCCUUGCCCCCCUUAGAUGGAAAAUUGCCUUUCAGGCAUGACUUUUCCAUGGGAAAACCCAGGUCAUCCUUCCUGUGCUCAUCACCUGAGCCAAUUGCUUUCUCAAGUCCCGAGACCUCCAAACACUCCACACACACAGUUUGCGAAACUACCUGCACUCCUGUCUCUAAAACCAAACCAGAUGACAACGUUUCUGGUAAGGCCAAGACGGGGGCUGUGGAAAACAGCCUGCCUGGGUCCUCUAACACUUCUCACUGCCAGUUACCAAAAAGUCCCAACCAUGGAAAAGACUGGGAAAUGCUAAAGAACCACGGCCCUGCCACUUGCACGGACUCGACGCUGGAAGAUGUAAUAGCUGAUGCCACUCUCUGUUUAAAUUCUGGAGAGAGCAGUCUCGUGGAAAUGGAUGAGGACUCAGAAAACCUGUCUAUAACAGCCUAUGAAUAUAGAAGAGAGGACACAAGUCACCUUGAUUCUCCUUUAAAACUGAAGUACGGUCAGGAUGUGGUGGAACAUUUUCAAAGAGGUUUGAGAAAUGGCUACUGUAAAGAGACUGUCCACUCUUCUGUCUCUGAAAUCUUCAACAAUAUUCAAGAUGUCAAAAAUCAAAGCAUUUCCUGUCUAGCCUUUCAGGGUGCUGGUUUUAUGCAUAACACCUGCUCAAAUUCAGAUGCAAAAACAAACCAGACCUGUGUGCCCCUGUCUAGUGAUGAAGCCACGCAUGCCCCCAUCCCCAAGCAGCCCACACAUCCUCCCCUGCCUGCUCUGAAGCUGCCCAGUCCUUGCAAAUCCAAAAGUCUGGGGGACCUAACGUCAGAGGACAUUGCCUGCAACUUCGAAAGCAAGUACCAGUGUAUCAGUAAGAGCUUUGUUACAACUGGCAUUAGAGACAAGAAGGGUGUGACUGUGAAGACAAAGUCCUUAGAGCCUAUAGACGCCCUGACCGAGCAGCUGCGGAAGCUUGUGUCUUUUGACCAGGACGAGGGCUGUCAAGUGCUCUACUCAAAGCAGGAUGCCAACCAGUUCCCCAGGGCACUGGUCAGAAAGCUGUCAUCCAGAAGUCAGAGCAGAGUGCGCAAUAUUGCCAGUCGUGCCAAGGAAAAGCAGGAAGCCAACAAGCAAAAAGGUGUAAACCCCAGCCACGCAGGAGGAGUGGUUCUUCGAAACAAGCCGUCAGCGCCCCUGCCUGCGGGCAACCGGCACUCCACCGGCUCCUACAUCGCAGGCUAUCUGAGGAGCACCAAAGCCGGGGGUCCGGAGGGCCGCGGCAUCCCCGAAGGGGCGUGCGCAGCCUUGCGCCCUGGCUACGUCGACCAGUUUUGUCCGGAUAAUUCUGUUUUGCAGACCGAGCCAAACAGUGAUGACAAACCAGAAAUUUAUUUUCUUUUGAGACUGUGAAUUACGUAAAGCUGCAUUUUCAGUGUUUACAAGGUAUUCCGUAGAGUUGUCAGAGUUUUCGGUAAAUACGGUCUUGGCUUUGAAAUGAUUUUAAAAUGUAUUUUUAAACUUGUGCUUUGGUCUCCCUUUGACUCCACAUGUUCUUCCUGUUUAUGUGUUUGUAUAUAGAUUGGGGUGACAUUUCCCAUGUGCAUAUGAUCCCUCUUCCCCGAAGUGUAAAUGCCGUCAGUAAGAAAUAUGUGCAUGCCCUAGGUGUGACAGUUCUCAGCGGCUUGGGUUAUGAUGUGUGUAUGUUUCUUUACCACCCCCUUUGCUCUGUGUCCUCAGAUCACAGUCACAAAUGUAGUCAGUUUUACUCUCUAGUUGCUGAGUUCGUUAAGAAACUUUGCAAAGGACAAAGGGGUACAGUCUUUAUUUUAAAGCUAUCGUCAUCAUUCCUAGUUUUCCUUCUUUGCUGAGAAGCCCAAACUCAUUUUUAUAACUCAGCUAAAAGAAGAUUGAAAGAGUUACCCUACCUUUUAAGAUUUCUCUACCCCAGGCAGAAUAAGAGUUCAAAGGAGAUUGGUAGCCGUUCCCCCCACACCCUCUCAUUUUAGAGUAGGCUGGGAGGGUGUGAGGGAGAAAACAAACUUCUGUAUAUAGAGACAAAAUUGUUUGUUUUACAUAAAUUUUGUUACAUAUUUUUGCUAACGGCUUUGUAUGUAACAAGAACACAGUUGCCAAGCUAUUUGUUGUACUUUUGAAUUUUCUGAUUAAAUUAUAGACUGCAAAUAAUGGCUUUCAGAACGAGGGACUUCUGUCAGACGCUAACAAUAAUUGUAGUACAGAUUGAAAACAUCCCCAAAGCUGUCGAGCAAAAAAAAAAAAAAACAAAA